AUGGCAGUGUUUCUUCGAGCUCUAGGGUUUAUAGAGUCUGUAAAUUUCUGUGGUUUGAAUCAAUUUGCAAAAGCGAGGGCUUCAAUCCAAAGAACCCUUGGGCAAAACGGAAUGCAAGAUAAGAUCAAACAAUCAACCUCAUCAGCCAUGGCCAAUGAAGAGCAGAAACCCCAACCUCUACAGGGGUGCGUAGCCAUUGUGAUAGGCGCAUCAGGGGGCAUAGGAAGAGAGAUCACGAUCCACCUGGCCCUAAAAGGAGCCAAAAUCCUGCUAAUUUACUCUUCAAAUCCACAAAAGGCAGAGGAAGUGGCGGCCACAAUAAACUCUGACACCUCUGUUACAGCAGCAAUUGCCUUCAGGGCCGACAUUUCCGACCCUGCACAAGUGAUCGGCCUAUUUAACAAGGCAGAGGAGGCGUUUGGGCCAGUCCACAUAAUCGUAAACAGUGCAGGUGUAAUGGACACCAAAUAUUCGUCCCUGGCGGAGAUUUCAGAACAAGAUUGGGACAAAACCUUUAACAUUAAUUGCAAAGGGGCUUUUCUCUAUUCCAAAGAGGCAGCAAAGCGGUUGGUGCAUGGUGGCAGGGGGCGGAUUAUAAAUAUAACUACUUCGCUUGUGGGGGCUCUGAUGCCCGGAUACGCAGCUUAUGCGGCCUCUAAGGCGGUCGUGGAGACCAUGACCAAGAUUUUGGCCAAAGAGUUGAGGGGCACAAAGAUUAUUGUGAAUUGCGUGGCUCCGGGCCCCAUUGCUACGGAAUUUUUUUUUGCAGGUAAGAGCGAGGCCGUCAUUAAAGCUAUUGAAGGACGGAGUCCCCUUGAGCAAUUGGGUGUUGUGCAAGAUGUGGCUCCACUGGUUGGAUUUCUGGCCAGUGAUGAAGGGGAAUGGGUUAAUGCCCAGGUCGUUCGCGUAAAUUGA